AUGGCCCUUUUCGACCCCUCCCUCUCCACCCUCGCACCCCCAAACUCCACCCCCAAAACAAUCCUCAUAACAGGCGGCUCCUCAGGAAUCGGUCUCGCAACCGCCACUCUCCUCUCCGCCCUCAACCCAAACCACAACCUCAUCCUGCUCGACCUCCACCCCCCACCCCCAACCUUCACCCACCCUCCCUCCCACCUCCUCGUCCACACCUGCGACGUCACCUCCUGGCCCGCCCAACGCGCCGCCUUCGCCGCCGCGUACGCAAAGUUCUCCCGCAUAGACGCCGUCUUCGUCAAUGCCGGCAUAGCCGAACAUGGCGACCAAUUCUUCACCUCCGCCCUCGACUCCUCCGGCAACCUCGCCGAACCCGACCACAGAGUUCUCACCUUGGACCUCAACGCAGCAGCUGCCACUACCAAGCUCGCAAUCCACUACUUGCGCAAGAAUGGCGGCGACAGCGGCGACUUGGCGGGAUCCAUAGUCCUAACGGCCAGUCUGGCAGGCUACCUCGGCUCUGCGGGCGCACCGCUCUAUUCCGCUGCCAAACACGGUCUUGUCGGGCUGCUGCGCGCGCUCAAGCAUGAAUGCGCCAAACUACGCAUUGCCAUUUCGCUCGUUGCGCCCGGCAUAACUGUGACCCCGAUCCUGGCGCAGGGCUUGCCAGCGUUGCGGGAUUUACCGCCUGAGGAGCAUGCGAGGGAGAUGGCAAAGUGGGGGGUACCGAUCAAUUCACCAGAUGCGGUGGCGAGGGCGGUGUGUGGGUUGUUGAGCGAGGGAAUGGCGGCGAAUGGUAAGGGCGUUUGGGUGCAGGCGGAUCGGUUUGCGGAUGUGGAGGCGGGAUUGAUUAAGAGUAGGGAGGCGUGGAUGGGGAGGCAGAUGUUGGAGCUGUUUAAGGGGGGACGGCGGACGGCGAUGUUCACGACGUUGGAAGAGAAUGACAAGGUCAAGGCAAAGAUGUGAUGCUCUGAGAUGAAAGUUAUGCAUAGGAAGCUUCACAGGAAGCAUAGAAAUUGUAAACAUAAGCAGAAGAGGUAUUUGUACAUUUGUUAGAAACAUAGCCUAAUCCAUGUAUCCGUUACUGAUGGAUGGGAUCAUGAACCCCCCGUUUCUUUCCCU